UUAUCAUAACGAACACUAAUUUAUAAAUACUAUUCGACCAAAACAACAAUACGUGCGUAGUUCGGGAAAUGCCGAUGGUAUCGUUAGAAUAGGAUUCUUCAGUAUACUUAGAACUUGCGUGGUCGACUGGUGUGGUAUACUGUCUGACUCAUUUACAACAGGAAGUCUCUUGUUUUUAAUUCAUUACACCAAAGCCACAGGUCAAUCACAAAAACGCGAAAAUGUUGAAACAGCACCUUGACAUGAUCGGCAGGAACGAACCCAUCCAAAGAAAAGCCAAAUUCUGGCAAUCCUACGUCAGAGCAUUAAAAGGCUCAGAUGAUAUGAGGGCACCGGAAAUCACACACUACCACACACCCGGCAGCAGGGGAGUGUUCAGGCCCAUCUUGAGCGCCGACUACCCGACAUGGCCCAGCUACAAGUCCAUCUACGACGACCCAGUGCACCCGACCGACAGAAUCAACACACCGGGAUACCGUUACCUGCCAAUCUCAAGAGACACGUACGGCAUAUCGCCCAGGAACAUUUACCCGCACAACUACCACUCCGACCGCUACCCGACAUACGAUCCCUAUCACACUGAACCGUUCAAAGCGCUACAAGACUGGACGGAUCAUUUGGAUCGCAUGGCCGAACUCAACAAAAUAUUCCCCGGGGACCAUCCGGCGUACUACGAACCAAAGAAACCCUUACCGCUACCGGAGAGACGAGCAACAUCCCUACCGCCCAUCAAAGGUUACAACUUCUCAGGUUUACCUAUUUACUCAACCGGUGGAGUCAAGAGACGGCCACUGUCCGAGAUGUUCGAGCCGAGCGUAUACACACCCAGGUCAAGGUACGUCCGAGACCCAUGGUGGUGGGAAUACCCACACCUUAAACCAUUUACGCCGAGUAGCUCAUCGUACAGGCCACCCGCAAAAUCGUAUCUGAGGAACAGCUACUUGUCGCCGGUGAAGAGAACCUACUUGUGGGGACACCAUCCCAUCAGGCCGUUCACUCCAAGCUACUAUUAUUAAAAACAAAACAAUUCUUAAAAAACUACAAACUCUAUCCAUGGGUCAGCAUCAUCAUCUUCAUCAACAAGCCGAGUUCGAACAUGCAAUGCCACGCAACUCAUCGUGAGAAGCUAAACAGUCGAUAAUGUAAUAAUUUAUUUUUAUAUACAUCACUUCGAAACAUUUCAAUCCAUCAAAUGCAUUAUUUAUUAUUUAUUAAAUGUAUUGACACAUCUGCGCUUUAAUAAACAGAAUCCGGAAGUC